AAGGAAGGUAACGGAGAGAAGUCUUGGGGAAAUGAAGAGGUUUCCAGUUAAUGCUGCAGUCGUUUUUCCAGAACGGGCGGUUGCAGUGUCCUUCAUGUCUCUGACCAAGUAUCACCCCUGACUGGAGAGACUGGAAGAAUUUAAGUGAAGAGAAGCAAAGUUGCUCAGUUUGCUUUGAGACUCCGGCAGCACCAGUUCUAUGGAGCAAGCAUGCUAGAUGGCCAGUGGAGGACCAUGGCUGGUGCAUGGAAAUUUUUCUGCUAGGAGAAGAUCUUUACCGAGAGCCAUAUUGUGAAUCAGGUCAGAGGGUGUCCUGCAAGCAGCAGGCACGGUCACGCUGGAGGUCUAAAGCAAAGCAACCACAGCUUCCUGGCAUUCAUGGUGGAAUACACAUAGAAAGCAGAGAAAGGGACAAAUACCACUGUGAGAUUCUGGAAAUGCUGAAGAAGAAGAAAGUCGUUUUCAUGCAGCCAUGCGCUGAGGUGGUGGAAGAUCAGGAGAGAGACCAGGGCAAAUGGACACUACUCCGCAAUGUCAACCAGGCCCUGAAGCCCACAACCAUUUUAGCGGGGGAUUAUGUGUGGAUGGACCUCAAAACUGGACGGGAAUUCGACGUCCCCAUUGGAGCGGUGGUUAAACUGUGUGACUCUGGACAGAUCCAGGUUGUGGAUGAUGAAGGCAAUGAGCACUGGAUUUCCCCGCAGAAUGCCAGCCACAUCAAACCCAUGCACCCCACCUCCAUCCAUGGAGUGGAGGACAUGAUCCGCCUGGGGGACCUGAACGAGGCAGGAAUCCUCAGGAACCUGCUGAUCCGCUAUCGGGAGCACCUCAUCUAUACAAACUGCGGCGGGAGGACAUACACUGGUUCAAUACUGGUGGCAGUGAACCCCUACCAGCUCCUACCCAUCUACUCACCUGAGCAGAUACGCCUGUACACCAACAAAAAGAUUGGUGAGAUGCCACCACACAUCUUUGCAAUUGCUGACAACUGCUACUUCAACAUGCAGCGCAACAACAAGGACCAGUGUUGUAUCAUAAGCGGUGAAUCCGGAGCAGGGAAGACAGAAAGCACAAAACUGAUUCUGCAGUUCCUGGCUGCCAUCAGCGGUCAGCACUCCUGGAUCGAGCAGCAGGUCCUGGAGGCAAAUCCCAUCUUGGAAGCUUUCGGGAAUGCAAAGACCAUCCGUAAUGACAACUCCAGCCGAUUUGGGAAGUACAUCGACAUCCACUUCAACAAAAGGGGAGCCAUCGAGGGAGCGAAGAUUGAACAGUACCUGCUGGAGAAGUCCCGGGUCUGCAGGCAGGCCCAGGACGAGAGGAAUUACCAUGUGUUUUACUGCAUGCUGAGAGGAAUGACGAUGGAGCAGAAGAAGAAGCUGGGUCUUGGGAAAGCCACGGACUACAACUACCUUGCGAUGGGUAACUGCACAACCUGCGAUGGCAGAGAUGAUAGCAAGGAGUACGCCAACAUCCGCUCCGCAAUGAAGGUCCUUAUGUUCACCGACACGGAGAACUGGGAGAUCUCCAAGCUGCUGGCUGCCAUCCUGCAUAUGGGGAACCUGCAAUAUGAAGCUCGGACCUAUGACAACCUGGAUGCCUGCGAGGUUGUUCAGUCGGCAUCACUAAUCACUGCGGCAUCGUUGCUGGAGGUUGACCCUCAGGAUGUGAUGAACUGCCUUACCAGCCGGACUAUAAUCACCAGGGGUGAGACUGUAUCCACCCCUCUCAGCAUGGAACAAGCGCUGGAUGUGAGGGAUGCUUUUGUAAAGGGAAUUUACGGGAGGCUUUUUGUGUGGAUCGUGGAGAAGAUCAACGCUGCAAUUUACAGACCUCCUUCCCAGGAACUCAAAAGUAUCAGGAGAUCCAUUGGCCUCCUGGACAUCUUUGGCUUUGAAAACUUCACUGUGAACAGUUUUGAGCAGCUCUGCAUUAACUUUGCGAACGAGAACCUGCAGCAGUUCUUUGUGCGCCACGUCUUCAAACUAGAGCAGGAGGAGUACAACCUGGAGAACAUCAACUGGCAGCACAUCGAGUUCACUGAUAACCAGGAUGCCUUGGACAUGAUUGCCAUCAAGCCCAUGAACAUCAUCUCCCUCAUUGACGAGGAAAGCAAGUUCCCCAAGGGUACGGAUGCCACCAUGUUACACAAGCUGAACUCCCAGCACAAGCUUAACACCAACUAUAUUCCUCCAAAGAACAACUAUGAAACACAGUUCGGCAUUAACCACUUUGCUGGAAUUGUUUACUACGAAACAAAAGGUUUCUUGGAGAAAAACAGGGACACGCUGCAUGGAGACAUCAUUCAGCUGGUGCAUUCCUCAAAAAACAAAUUCAUCAAGCAGAUCUUCCAAGCAGAUGUGGCAAUGGGAGCGGAGACAAGGAAGCGCUCGCCGACGCUCAGCAGCCAGUUCAAGCGGUCCCUGGAGCUGUUGAUGAGGACUCUCAGCGUGUGCCAGCCCUUUUUCGUCCGCUGCAUCAAGCCCAAUGAGUACAAGAAGCCCAUGCUGUUUGAUCGGGAGCUGUGCGUCCGUCAGCUGAGGUACUCGGGGAUGAUGGAGACCAUCCGGAUCCGCCGGGCCGGCUACCCCAUCCGCUACACAUUUGUGGAGUUCGUGGACCGGUACCGGGUUCUCAUGCCUGGGGUGAAGCCAGCAUACAAGCAGGGCGACCUGCGUGGGACGUGCCAGCGCAUUGCCGAAGCGGUGCUCGGGAAGGAUGAUGACUGGCAGAUUGGCAAGACAAAGAUAUUCCUGAAGGACCACCAUGACAUGCUGCUGGAGAUUGAGAGAGACAAGGCCAUCACAGACAAAGUCAUCCUCAUCCAGAAGGUGGUCCGUGGGUUUAAAGACAGGUCCAAUUUCCUGAAAGUGAGAAACUCAGUCCUGAUGAUUCAGAGAUACUGGCGUGGACAUAACUGCAGGAAGAACUACGGUGCUAUGCGGAUCGGCUUCCUGAGACUGCAGGCCCUCUACCGAUCCCGCAAGCUCCACAAGCAGUACCACAUGGCUCGCCGGCGGAUCAUCGAGUUUCAGGCACGAUGCCGAGGCUACCUGGUCCGUAGGGCUUUCCGUCACCGCCUCUGGGCUGUCAUCACUGUCCAGGCCUAUGCCCGGGGCAUGAUCGCCCGAAGGCUGUAUAAGCGCCUGCGGGGGGAAUAUCAUCGACGCCUGGAAGCAGAGAAACUUCGGCUGGCAGAAGAGGAACGACUCCGAAAGGAGAUGAGUGCCAAGAAAGCCAAAGAGGAAGCAGAAAAGAAGCAUCAGGUACGCCUGGCCCAGCUGGCGCGGGAAGACGCAGAGAGAGAAGUAAAGGAGAAGGAGGAAGCACGUCGGAAGAAAGAGCUCUUGGAAAAAAUGGAGAAAGCUCGCAACGAGCCAGUGAAUGACUCAGAAAUGGUGGACAAAAUGUUUGGAUUCCUGGGGACAACUUCAUCUCUGCCUGGACAGGAAGGACAGGCACCCAAUGGCUUUGAGGAUCUUGAGCGAGCCCAGAAGGAGCUGGAGGAAGAGGACCUGGAUGCAGCAUUGCCUCUCCCUGAGGAAGAGGAGGAAGAUCUCUCAGAGUACAAAUUUGCCAAGUUUGCCGCCACGUAUUUCCAGGGCACGACGACACACACCUACAUCCGCCGGCCUCUCAAGCAGCCUCUCUUGUACCAUGAAGAUGAAGGAGACCAGUUGGCAGCACUUGCUGUAUGGAUCACUGUCCUCCGUUUCAUGGGAGACCUCCCUGAGCCGAAAUAUCACACAGCCAUGAGUGAUGGUGGCGAGAAGAUACCAGUGAUGACAAAAAUCUAUGAGACUCUUGGGAAAAAGACCUAUAAGAAAGAACUGCAGGCUCUGCAGGGAGAAGGAGAGAGUACUCACAUUGACGGGCACAAGAAGAACAGUGUGCGGCACAAACUGGUCUCCUUAACACUCAAGAAGAAAUCCAAACUGACGGAGGAGGUGAGAGGAGACGCUUGGCCGCCUGGCAGCACAAGUGCCGUUGGAUUGUCUGCAGCCCUCUCUGACUCUCUUCUGCUUUUCCCUAGACAACAUAGAACCAGCCCUCCUCUGGGUUUGGCGCUACCUGUCUCUCUGCCUGAAAGAUUUAAGGAGUGUUUAAGGGGAAAGGUGACAAAGAGACUUCACGAUGGUGAGUCUACACUCCAGGGUAAUAGCAUGCUCGAAGACCGACCCACCUCCAACCUGGAGAAGCUCCAUUUCAUUAUUGGUAAUGGCAUCCUCAGGCCAGCCUUAAGGGAUGAAAUCUACUGUCAAAUCUGCAAGCAGCUGACCCAGAACCCAUCCAAAAGCAGCCACGCCAGGGGCUGGAUCCUGAUGUCCCUCUGUGUGGGAUGUUUUGCUCCUUCUGAGAAGUUUGUAAAGUAUUUAAGGAACUUCAUCAACGGAGGCCCCCCGGGUUAUGCUCCCUAUUGCGAGGAGAGGCUGAGGCGGACGUUUGCCAACGGGACAAGGACGCAGCCACCCAGCUGGCUGGAGCUGCAGGCAACCAAAUCCAAGAAACCGAUCAUGCUGCCUGUCACAUUUAUGGAUGGGACAACAAAAACCCUAUUGACCGACUCUGCAACAACCGCUAAAGAGCUCUGUAAUUCUUUGGCCGACAAAAUCAGCCUGAAGGACCGAUUUGGCUUUUCACUUUACAUUGCACUUUUUGACAAGGUGUCCUCGCUGGGGAGCGGCAAUGACCAUGUGAUGGAUGCUGUGUCUCAGUGCGAGCAGUACGCCAAAGAGCAGGGGGCGCAGGAGCGCAAUGCACCGUGGCGGCUCUUCUUCAGGAAGGAGAUCUUCACUCCUUGGCACAACCCGAGCGAGGAUAAUGUGGCCACCAAUCUCAUUUACCAACAGAUCGUGCGAGGGGUUAAGUUUGGGGAGUACCGGUGUGACAAGGAAGAAGACCUGGCAGAACUGGCUUCCCAGCAGUACUAUGUGGAUUAUGGGUCAGAAAUGGUACUAGAAAGGCUGCUAAAUCUAAUUCCAUCCUACAUUCCGGACAGAGAGAUCACAGCUUCAAAAACAGUGGAAAAAUGGGCUCAGCUCAUUAUAGCUGCACAUAAAAAGGGAAUUUAUACUCAGAAGAGGACAGACCCAAAAAAAGUCAAGGAAGAGGUAGUGGAUUUUGCACGUUUCAAGUGGCCUUUGCUGUUUUCUCGGUUUUACGAAGCCUUCAAAUUCUCAGGGCCAAGCCUGCCUAAAAAUGAUGUGAUUGUAGCUGUCAACUGGACAGGGGUGUACUUUGUGGAUGAACAGGAGCAGGUUCUCUUAGAGCUCUCUUUCCCAGAGAUCACAGCUGUGUCAAGCAGCAGAGGGGGAAAGCUGCAAGGGCAGAGUUUCACCUUGGCCACCAUUAAAGGUGAUGAAUACACGUUCACCUCCAACAAUGCAGAGGAUAUCCGGGACCUGGUGGUGACCUUCCUUGAAGGACUAAGGAAAAGAUCAAAGUAUGUGGUCACUCUCCAAGACAACCCAAACCCUGUGGGAGAAGAAUCUGGGUUCCUCAGCUUCCUCAAAGGAGAUCUCAUAGUUCUGGACCAGGACACAGGAGAACAUGUGAUGAACUCAGGGUGGGCCAAUGGGUUCAAUGAACGGACCAAGCAAAGAGGGGAUUUCCCAACAGAUUCCGUCUACGUCUUGCCUACAGUCACCAUGCCUCCGCUGGAGAUUGUGGCACUGGUCACGAUGACCCCCGAUCAACGACAAGAUGUUAUCAGAACCUCUCAGAUGGCAAUUUCAGAGAGUGAAGAGAGAGUAAAGCCAUACACCUUGGAGGAAUUUUCCUAUGAUUAUUUUAGGCCACCUCCCAAGCACACCCUGAGCCGGGUCAUGAUCACCAAGAGCCGCGGGAAGGACAAGCUGUGGUGUUACACCCGUGAGCCCAUCAAACAGCCACUGCUCAAGAAGAUCCUGGGCAGUGAGGAGCUGUCCCAAGAAGCCUGCAUGGCCUUCAUUGCAGUGCUGAAGUACAUGGGUGACUACCCAUCCAAAAGGACCCGCUCAGUCAAUGAGCUGACAGACCAAAUAUUUGAAGGUGCCUUGAAAGCUGAACCCCUGAAGGAUGAAAUCUACUGCCAGACCCUCAAGCAGCUCACGGACAACCACAUCAAGUACAGUGAAGAGAAAGGCUGGGAGCUGUUGUGGUUGUGUACAGGCCUUUUCCCUCCAAGUAACAUCCUCCUGCCCCAUGUCCAGAGGUUCCUGCAGUCCCGGAAACAUCACCCCUUGGCAGCAGACUGCAUCCAGAGACUCCAGAAAGCCCUGAGGAAUGGAUCCAGGAAGUACCCGCCCCAUCUGGUAGAAGUGGAAGCCAUUCAACACAAAACUACCCAAAUUUUCCACAAGGUUUACUUCCCUGAUGACACCGAUGAGGCAUUUGAGGUGGAGUCCAGCACGAAAGCCAAGGACUUCUGCCAGAACAUCUCCAACAGGCUGCUUCUGAAGUCCUCGGAGGGCUUUAGCCUCUUCGUCAAAAUCUCCGACAAGGUCAUCAGUGUGCCCGAGGGAGAUUUCUUCUUUGACUUCGUGAGACACCUGACAGACUGGAUAAAGAAAGCAAGACCGGCAAAAGAUGGUAUAGUGCCUUCCCUCACCUACCAAGUGUUCUUCAUGAAAAAGCUGUGGACCAACACAAUGCCUGGAAAAGACUCGAUGGCAGACUCCAUCUUCCACUAUUACCAGGAGUUACCAAAGUACCUGCGCGGCUACCACAAGUGCACACGGGAAGAGGUCCUGCAGCUCGCAGCUCUCAUCUACCGGGUGAAGUUUGAGGAUGACAAGUCCUAUUUCCCCAGCAUCCCCAAGCUCCUGAAGGAGCUGGUGCCUCAGGACCUUGUCCGUCAGCUCUCUCCAGAUGACUGGAAAAGGUCCAUCGUGGCAUACUACAAUAAGCAUGCGGGCAAAACAAGAGAAGAAGCCAAGCUUGCCUUCCUAAAGAUUAUCUUCAAGUGGCCUACAUUUGGAUCAGCAUUCUUUGAAGUGAAGCAAACUACAGAGCCAAAUUAUCCAGAAAUCCUUUUAAUUGCCAUCAAUAAACAUGGAGUCAGCCUCAUCGAUCCUAAAACCAAGGAUAUUCUCAUCACUCACCCCUUCACCAAGAUCUCCAAUUGGAGCAGUGGCAACACGUACUUCCAUAUUACCAUCGGCAACCUGGUGAGAGGAAGCAAGCUGCUCUGCGAGACCUCCCUGGGGUACAAGAUGGAUGAUCUUUUGACCUCAUACAUCAGCCAGAUGCUUACAGCCAUGAGCAAACAGAGGAGUGCAAAGGGUAGCAAGUGAACUGCAAGAAGCCACUGGCAGGUGGCCAUGGGGCUGAUUCACCAGCUGAAGCCUGUGGGAUACCCAUGCAGCUGGGGGAGCACCUUUGCCUCCCAGAUGUGGAAGAUGAGCCGAACACCAUCAGGGAGUUCGCUGGACUCUGACCUUGAGGGCUCAAAUCCCACCUCCCCUUCCAGCGAAGACGACUAUCUCUGACCUCCCGUUCUCCUUCCCCACCCUGCACUCCGACUCCAUCUUACACCUCAAAGAUUUCCAGGGGACACCACCGCUCUCAGACAGUGACUGAGCAAAGACACUCCGGCAGGAGGUUUGCCUGAACCCAAUGGUUGGCAUCGCAAAGGCUCUUGGAAGAGGAUUUGUCUGUGUGUGUGUCUGUGUGUGUGUGCAUGUGCGUGUGUGUGGCUUGGUUUGGUUUGCUUUUUUCUUAAGUGAGAGCUCUCAGGAUGCUAACGGCUUUUGGUGAGGUUAUGGGCAUUUCAGGUUUGAAGAGGAAUAACAGAGCCCCAGCCUAUGCUGGAAAGCUAUCCAGUGAACACUGAAGGGCUUAUUUUUUUGACAUUACGAAAGAACACAUUCUGUUCUUAAGAAGGACAGAAAGAAAAAGCAGGCUGGGAGGAGCACAUUUUAACUAGGAAUCAGAAUAAACAAACUACUGAUCGAACAGGAUAGAGUACUAAAGUGCGGUCCGUGCAAUGCUGGAAAUAUUUAAAGAACAAAUUUUAAAGUUUUGUUUCUUCUUCUAUUUAUUUUUAAAAAUAUUAAAAAGGAAAAAAAAAAAAUAACCUGCAUUUUGUGCCGGUAUCUGGAUGCUGACUUGGGGCUGAGGGCGACCUGCAGGACAAUCCCUUGCCCAGGGAUUCCCCAAGAGCCGUGAUUGCCGGAGGCUGAGUAAGGCACAUCUUUCCCAACUUAUGGACUCAGCUGGAAGUGAAGCUUGGAAGACUAAUUAUCUCCUUUUGCCCCCUGUGCUCAGGCAAAUUAACCCUGGGACGAUCUUUACUGCAAGCUUCAACAUGGAUGUAGGGGUUUUGAAGUCCCCAUGCUUGGAGGACCGAGGCCAAGCCUGUGUUGAGCUAUGAUUCAUACAGAGACUUGGACAUCAGGGUUGGAAACAGCUAAUGAUUUUAUUGUGCUUUUGUGUGUGUUGCUGUAUAAAAUGGCUCUUUGCAAGUCCCAGCUGGACCUGAAGCACUCACAGCGAGGGCAGGCCCUUGAUUUCGGUGGGCUUUUCUCCAUCUUUGGUUGGCUGUACUAAUCUGCUGUCUGGUUGUUCCACAUGACACCACGCAGUGCGGACCAGCCUCCUUUGAGCAGAGAUGGGACCUGCCAGCACAGAGGAGGCUGAAGCCACGUUGUGUUUGGGAGGGAAGGAGGGGAAGGAGCCUGGGAUGCCCUUCUAAAAUCCAGGCUUCAAAGGAGGACAUUGCCUGGGUGUGUGGCAGCACGAGGGGUGAGAAUUGUCCACCAAGACCUGGUGCUGGUGUCACUAACACUGAGUGGAGCUCAGUAGAUGUGGGAGACCUCUCUUGGUCCUGUGCAUUGGGCUGAGUUUGGCUGCUUUCAUAAAAUUCCAUAUUGUAGGGUGUCGUGUGUUGUUCUGCUGCUCAGCUGGGCUCGGUCGCCCAACAGCAUGGUGUGCCAGGCAGAGUCGGCAGCACUGCCUACCAUUCAGGGACCGUGACAUCCGACUGGGAUGUAGCAGUGACUUUGGACCUCAGUUGUUUCACCAAAGCCAACGAGGUACUGCACGGAGACACCCACCAGCCAGACAGGGCUGCUAGGGGAUCUUCCUCCACCACCCCCCUGCCCAAGGCACUCUGGUGAUGGGAGCGCGGUUACACCAGCCAAGGCUAGACUGGGAGCUGAGCUGCCUUCUCACCAUCCCUCUCUGAUGCAUCUCUCCCCUCCCUAGCUGCCAGGACCCAGCUGUCCCAGGGAUGCCACCUGUCCUUAGACACAUGCCCAUCAUCCCCACCACCACCACUGCCUCUGUGAGCCUCCAGCCAUCCCUGCUUCCCACAGCAAGCUCAGUAGACAAUGUGGCAUAGCAAUCUCUUCCAGCAUUGUCCUGGGCCAGCUUGCCCACGCCACCACCCUCGUCCCUCCACUCACAACUCUGUCAGCCUCCCACGCACCCCACCGUUUUGGGGGUGCCGGGACUCUGUGUGCGUGUGCCUGUGUGUCAUAUGUAUUAGCGUCUGCUGCCCUCUUUGUAUUCACACCAAGCAAUGUAACAUGAAAAACAUAUG